AUGGCCCCAUUGAAUUCUAGUGCUAAGAGUUUGAUACUUGAUCAUACUGGAGCAACCAGUGUGAGAGGGUACAGAUUUCACGUCCAGACUCCAGGUCUUGUAUCAUUGUGCCUACCUGGGUCAAUAGACAUAGAGGAUGUUUCUUCUCUUGCUGUUUCCUCCGUCUUCUUCAGUUUUGGUUUCAAAUGUGCACUUAAGAGAUACCGGGAGGUUGUUAUGGAUGGAACGGAUGAUAUUGACCGCAUUAGUAGUCUGCCCGAGUCUCUGCUUCUUCAUAUCCUUUCUUUUCUCCCAGCAAAAGAUGCUGUGAGAACAGCUCUUAUCGCUCCUAGAUUCGGGCAUCUUUGGGCUUUUCUCCCUACCCUUUCAUUCAAUUUUUGUUCAUACCAGAACUGUAAAACUAGAGCAUAUGACCAUGGUCCUGAAUACAAUGAGAAUUUCUUGGAUUUUCUCUAUUAUCUCUUGCUUCUUCAUCAGAGUAACACUAUCGAUAAGUUCCAUCUCGACCUAGAGCUUAACUUUUGUCAUAAAAUGGAUGAGGGUACAUGUUCCAAUCCUGAUCAUCAAGAGAAAAAUGUCACAGUUCUUCACCUUGAUUUUGUUGGAUGUGGUCUCGCUGAGCCUAAUGCUAGUUAUAGAUUACCUAAGUAUGUUUUCUCAAGAGGUUCUCUGGAUGACAACAUAAUGGAUCGAAUCUUAUCUGGGUGCUCUGUGCUUGGAGAAUUGUCUUUGCUAGAUUGUCACGGUCUUAGCAGACUGCCUUUUAGGAAUCCUGGUAUUAAGAGUUUGGCAGUUAAAAUUUGGUAUGAGCGUCAAAGGCUUGAAAUCUCAUGUCCAAAUAUUGUAUCCUUGGACCUAUCUGGGGAAAUAGAUUAUUUGGAUUUAGUUGAUGUAUCUUCUAUGAUACUUUUUGCCGAAGAGAAAAAUUUUCUGUAUGUCUGGAGGUGA